AUGCCGGCCAGCGAUCAAGAUGAGCGGCAGGAAGGCUCCAUCUUCUCCGUCUCCGGGCCCGUCAUCGUCGCCCAGAACAUGACUGGAUGCGCCAUGUACGAGCUGUGCAAGGUCAGCUACGACCAGCUCGUCGGCGAGGUCAUCCGUAUCGACGGCGACAAGGCCACCAUCCAGGUCUACGAGGAGACUGCCGGUGUCACAGUCGGUGACCCCGUCGUGCGCACUGGCAAGCCCUUGUCCGUCGAGCUGGGACCCGGUCUGAUGGAGACCAUCUACGACGGUAUCCAGCGCCCGUUGAAGGACAUCCACGACAAGUCGCAGAGCAUCUACAUCCCCAGAGGCAUUGAUGUGCCGGCUCUGGACCGCACGAAGAAGUGGGAGUACACGCCUAACGACAAGGUCAAGGUCGGCGACCACAUCACCGGUGGCGACAUUUUCGGCGCCGUCAAGGAGAAUACCCUGCUUUCCGACCACAAGAUCAUGCUUCCACCAAGAGCACGGGGCACGAUCAAGUGGAUUGCUCCCAAGGGCAACUACACUGUAGAGGAGAAGCUGUUGGAGGUGGAAUUCGAGGGCAAGAAGAGCGAGUACAACAUGAUUCAGAACUGGCCGGUCCGUGUGCCUAGACCUUCGACGGAUAAGCUGAGCUCUGGCGACCCGUUCAUUGUUGGACAGCGUGUGUUGGAUGCGCUUUUCCCCGCCGUUCAGGGUGGUACUGUCUGUAUCCCCGGAGCUUUUGGUUGUGGAAAGACGGUCAUCAGUCAGUCUGUGUCCAAGUUCUCGAACAGUGAUUUGAUUGUUUACGUUGGAUGCGGUGAGCGAGGCAACGAGAUGGCUGAAGUCUUGAUGGACUUCCCCGAGCUCACCAUCGACUUCGAAGGCCGCAAGGAGCCCAUCAUGAAGCGUACUUGCCUGAUCGCCAACACUUCGAACAUGCCUGUCGCCGCCCGUGAGGCUUCCAUCUACACCGGCAUCACCGUGGCCGAAUAUUUCAGAGAUCAGGGGAAGAACGUCGCCAUGAUGGCUGACUCCACUUCGCGCUGGGCUGAGGCUCUUCGUGAGAUUUCUGGUCGUCUGGGAGAGAUGCCGGCAGACCAAGGUUUCCCAGCCUACCUGGGAGCCAAGCUGGCCUCUUUCUACGAACGUGCCGGCAAGGUCAUUGCCCUUGGAUCCCCCGACCGAAAGGGCAGUGUCAGCAUCGUCGGCGCUGUCUCUCCACCAGGUGGUGACUUCUCUGACCCCGUCACAUCCUCCACGCUCAGCAUCGUCCAAGUCUUCUGGGGUCUCGACAAGAAGCUCGCCCAACGCAAGCACUUCCCCUCGAUCAACACGUCCCUCUCCUACUCGAAAUACACCAACAUCCUCGCCAAAUACUACGCCGAAAACAACCCCGAAUACCCCGGCUACCGCGACCGCAUCCGAGAACUCCUCUCGCAAUCCGAAGAACUCGACCAAGUCGUCCAACUGGUCGGCAAGUCCGCCCUCGGCGACGCCGACAAAAUCACCCUCGACGUGGCCGCGCUCAUCAAGGACGACUUCCUCCAACAAAACGGCUACUCGGACUACGACCAGUUCUGCCCGCUGUGGAAGACGUCGUGGAUGAUGAAGGCCAUGAUGACGUUCCACGACGAGUCGCAAAAGGCGAUUGCGCAGGGCCAGCAGUGGAGCAAAGUGCGCGACGCGACGAGCGAUAUCCAGAAUGAGCUGCGGAGUAUGAAGUUUGAGGUUCCCACUGAGGGCGAGGAGGCGAUUGGGAAGAAGUAUGAGGCGUUGAUGCAGAAGAUGAAUGAGAAGUUUGCGAGUGUUGUUGAUGGGUAA